AUGUCUGGCUUACAAUAUACCCUUGCGGGCGAGACCACCAACUGCAAUGACUCGAGGCUCUCCGGGGCCACUCCAGUUCUGCGCAACAACACAGGGACACGCGUGUGUGGCAUCCAGAGUGCCAAUACCAGCAGCAUCCGAUCCUGCUGCGACGGCGAGGUUCAGCUGUACUGGUGCAACGCAUUUUGCGAGACGUCCAUGAGCGCGGCCGAAUUCAGCCAAUGCUUCUUCAACAACACAAACACCGACGCCAUCUACGGCGGUUUCACAUACUGCCAGGACAGCAUCAGCAGCACUCAGAACGAAACCAUCCAGGCAUCAUUCGGAGUCCCUCGCACGGGUUCCCCACCCCGCCUCCUGCUCGCCCUGUUCCUCACCUUGUUCGCCGUCCUGCCUGCCUCCGCCUUCGUGGUCGACUCCCUCGACGGCGGGCUCACGCGGAGGCAGUCUGACAGCUCGGAUUGCGGCUUCGAGAUCGACAGCAAAUACGCCAGCCAGGGGGAGGGCAUCGUGUUGACCGCCACCGUCGGCGGCUCCAGCACAAUCGGGUCGGGCGCCUACGUGAACACGGGCACGACCCAGAACAACCGCACCGUGAACGACACCUCGGCCGCGGAGCCAGGCUACGAUGCAUUCUUCGAUGUUCUCGCUAAUUUGACGGGUCGCCGAUACCCGGCCCUGAGUGGUGUCAGCCUGCACAUGCAAUGGGCGUCGGAGAACGUCGAUAGUCAGCUGUACUUCUACCCCUACCGCUACUGUGUCAAUGGAACUGUCUCUGGUUGCGGUGACGCCUUUGGUGAUGAUGAUACUCAAUUCAUUGAAGCGUGUGGGCCACUGUUUGGCUCAGACUGGGUUCCAGAGGGUGAGGAGGCCGUGACAGAGGGGCUUGAGGCAGAGACACCACAGGGGUCAUUGCGAGUUGUCAAUCUUAAUUAA